GUAGUGAUAUUCCGAAAUAAUUUCCGAUGUCACUGUGCAGAAAACAAUGCAACAGUUUGUGUCCCAUUAAUUUAUCAAGAAGAACUUGACGGCAAGACAUGUUCAGGAGAUUACUAUUAUUACGACUCAUGUACGUUUUGCGAAUGCGAUGACAGAAAAAAAAAGUUGCAAUGUAUGCCCAUUUCUAAUUGUCAAUUGUCCAGCGGAGGCAUAUGCAACGACGGCGAAGUAGUUUUUGAAGAUAAUUGCUACAAGUGUAACUGCGCGUACACAAAAUUUAAAAAGUGUGUUCGCUCUGAAGAGUGCCUCAAUGAAAAAAAAAAACCAGGAAACUGCUACAUUAUUCAGAAUUAUUAUAACUCGUUAAUUCAAUUCUUCUGUACAUCGGCCCUAAAACAGGAAUGUUAUAACGAUUAUGAAUGCCCAGGAAUAAAAAAAUGCUGCCGUGUUGUCGACUGCUAUUUGCGAUGUGUAGAUCCUUAUUUUGAUUAAACAUUCCGUAUAUAAUAAUCUAUCACUA